AUGACUCUGGCUCAGCACACUCUCGUAUGGGACGAAGACAAGUUUCUAGCGAUUGCGCCAGGUGAGGGAAAAAGGCCCGUGAGCAUACUUUAUGACGAACACUCAGAGGAGCUUUCGUUCCCACAGAUCUAUCUCGGUGAGCCGCGCCGAGUAGAUGCCAGCGCAAAACCGACAGUCUUCACACACGCCAUGAGUGAGAUCCGCAGAUCAGACCGUCGAGGGGCCACCCCGCAGCACGUACUGUACAUGGCCAUGAAAGUGUUUAGGCACCGAGUAGCCGGUGACAUGUGUGUGGCCUUCCGUAACAUAAAGGCACUGGAAACACUAACGAAGCAACAGUUGCUCGACAAGGAUUUUGUGCAGCAAGCGGUCGAGCACGACAUGGCUUUCAUGCAUGGUAUUCCCAACACCGUGCAGUACUGGACAAAACGCAAGAAAGACCUCUUUGCUAUGAUACGGCAGUUGGGUAAGCCGACCGCGUUCCUCACUCUUUCUGCCUCGGAAAUGCACUGGCCCGACCUUUUGCAGUUGCUUCAACGCCUUCGGUUGAAGCCCGGCGAGAUCGAAGUACCACUGGAGCAAAUGAACAGCAUUUAUCGAGCACAGCUAGUAAAUGACGAUCCCGUGGUCUGUGCCAUAUAUUUCGACCGAUUGGUGCGUGUCAUUCUCAACAUUCUCCGCAACACCCGUGUAUCGCCUUUUAGGCCGUACGUCGACUACUUUAAGCGGAUCGAAUUUCAGCACCGCGGGUCGGCACACGCGCACAUUCUCCUUUGGCUUCAUAACGCGCCCAACGAGGAGCUCUCGAUGCUCAUGCCCCAGACUCUUGAAAUAGCCAACGUUCUGCUUUCCAUCGACAACGGAUGCUUGAAGCGGGAGCGGACUCAGGUGCACCAACACACGCAUACCUGCUACAAGCACAACACCACCAGAUGCCGCUUUAACGCGCCUUUUAUGCCCAUCGAUGAAUGUAUGGUCGUAGUGCCUUUCCCCACUGUGGACAAUGAAGCGCAGAAGAAGAAAAUCGAGAGCCUCCUAAACAAGUACGAGGCCAUGCAUCAGGCCCUGGAAACGACAAAUUAUGACUCCAUGGAGCAGUUUUGGGAACAUCACGGUGUCGCGGACAAGGCGGAGUACAUUUCUGUUCUCCGAGCAGGCACUCGUCGUGCCACCAUCAUGCUACCCCGUACUGUGCAGCAAAAGUGGGUGAAUUACUUUAACCCAUGGGUUGCAUCAAUUCUCGAUUCUAACAUGGAUCUUCAGAUCGUCAUCGACACGUACGCGUGUGCUGCCUACGUGGUGGAAUAUGUAAACAAGGCCAACCGAGGUAUGUCGAACCUCAAUCGAGCAGUGCAAGAAAUUGUCAAGGAGAAGGGGGAUAUGGCCUAUUCUCAGGCACUGAGACAUCUAGGUGUGAAAAUGUUGAAUGCCAUUGAACUGUCCGCACAGGAGGCCGCAUGGUGUUUGCUCAACCAGGAUAUGUCGGAGGCGAGUCGCAAAGUUGUCUUCGUGAACUCUGCAUGGCCCGAGGAAAGGACGCGCAUUCGGAAGUCUAACGCUCAGAUGGCGCAGGAAGGCUUAGUAGAAUCAAGCACUGAUGUAUGGAAACGGACGAUGAUCGAGCGCUACGAAGACCGCAUUCCCGAAUUGGAACCUGUUACUCUAGCAGAGUUCGCUACCGAGUACAACAUAUAUACCUACAAAAAGAGGAAUCAGCGACGGAUACUUCGCUACCGCGGUUACUCCGUAGACGAUUCAGUCAACUUCAAGCGAGAACAUGUCCUGCUUUUCUAUCCAUUCCGCAAAGAAGUUGACAUCUUAGACCAAAACUGUUUCGAGCGUCUGUAUGAGCAAAACGUCGACGUCAUUCUAGAGAACAAGGCACGGUACCACAGUGACGUAGACAUUGAGCAAAUUCGUGCCGUUUGUAAUUCCAUGCUCCAGUCAAAUGACGGGGAACAUUGUGCCACUUCUGAGCUCCCAGAUGUGAGACUGCACCCGAUGGCCAUGGAAAACGACGACUCCGAUCUCCUAGACAUCGGUAUGGUCCAAUCCAAUGCCCCGUUUAAGCAGUGCCCCGCCGUGUGCACGCGCCAAGACGUCAUGAGCAGAGAUCAGUACCUGGACACAAUGCGCAAGACGAAUGAGGAGCAGUACGAGAUCGUCCGAGAAGUCGUGCAUAGACUCACUAUACCGGACUCUCCGCCACUACAAAUCUUCUUCACGGGAGUGGCUGGAUGUGGGAAGACAUUUGUACUGCGUCUCAUCAUGGACGUCUACAACAGAUAUUGCAACCCUGCUGGUUCAGAUAAUGUAAACGCCUAUGUUGCCUGUGCUACAACUGGAAAAGCGGCGGUCGCGCUUGGUGGAAUAACUGUACAUGCAGCGUUCAGACUUACCAUCAAUAGGGAUGGCGGACUCCGGGACAACGAGUUGAACACGUUCCGCUAUGCGUUCAGGAACGUCAGGUGCGUGAUUAUCGAUGAGGUUAGCAUGAUGUCCGCCGACAUCCUUCAGAAAGUGGACUCGCGACUCCGCAUCAUCACUUGCAAAUAUCUAGAGCCUUUCGGCGGGUUAGACAUCAUCCUCUGCGGAGACCUGCGCCAGCUUCCCCCCGUUCGUGCCGCCGAGGUUUUCAAGCGCGUCAAGACGAACAGUGUGUUUAACACGGAAAUCGCAUGGCACCAUUUGUCAUACUUUGUCCUCACGAAGGUCGUAAGGCAAAGCGAUCUCAGGUUUUCCACCAUACUUACCAAAAUUGGAGACGGUGCAGAAUUGGAUUCCGAAGAAAUCGCAUUGAUCCAGAGUCGGUUCGUCACGCAACAACAAGCAGAAACGUGUUGUCCCGGUGGCAUCCGCUUGUACUACUCCAACAAGGAAUCGGACUACUACAAUACGAACACGGCCAUUGCAACCGAAGAUAAUUGUGUGGCAUGUCCGGCACGGGACACAAUCGUUGGAUUCAGGUCUAUGCAGGAGAAGACAGAGGCAAUGCGCAAGGCCGAAACGCUGCCCAAGGCCGAACUCGGAAACCUGCCAGCUAAUAUAAUGCUAUGCAUUGGAAAACCAUAUAUGCUCACACUCAAUGUCGAUGUUUCCGAUGGUCUGGUCAAUGGCUCUGUUGGAAUACUGCAGUACAUACAAUACGAUACGCUCCGAGAGCCGGAACGCAUCUGGCUGCAUUUCGGUGAGCUUGGUUCCAAAAUUGCGAUUGGAACCGUGGCGGCCGCAAAAUCCCGGCAGUUACGGGCACUCGACAGAAAUAUUCAGGAAAAUUGGACACCUAUCGAAAGACGCACAGUCACUUGCGUCAUUGAUAAGAAGUCAAGGAUAUCCCUGAGGAGAUGCCAGCUACCCAAAUUGGUAUACGUGGCACUGAGUCGUGCUACAGACAUCAACGGGCUCUACCUCACCAAUGUGGACAAUGACUUUACGUUCUACCACGGCAAGCCCAAUCCCGACAGGGUACUACUUGAUGAGUUUCGUCGGCUGCAGUCACACAAACUCCAAACUGUCACUGCUAAGUGCUACGCAAUGAUUAAGCAACCGCACUUGUUCUCGGUCGCCGCACUUAAUGUUCGCUCUCUGCCGGCGCAUUCCAAGGACGUGCACCACGACCCCGUCCUACGCCAUGCAUCUGUACUUUGCCUCUCGGAAACGUGGAUGGAUCCAAAACAGGCGGUAGAAAUCAUGGACUACCAGUACUGCUGCGGCGUCAGUAGAGAGCACAACAGAGCGGCAGGGGUGGCCACCUACGUGCGUAAGGCUCACACCGCUGUGACGACCUCUCGAAACACGUGCAUAGACCUCGUCUUUCAAAAUCAGCCUUUGGUCCAUCACCUGGAACACAUAUCCUGCCACUUCUCAGAUCACAAGGCUUCCUUCAUAACAAUCAAGGACUGGGAUAAGAGUGCUAUUUAA